CUUUAGCCGCCGAGGCUAACUGGAGCUAACGCGAUUAGCUGCUCGGGCUUAAGGAGGUCCGAUGACCGCGAGGAGGAGGAGCACCUGGACCGCGAGGAGGAGCACCUGGCUGGGUCCGCCUGAAGAGCUGUGAAGGAUGCUCCAGGGGCCAUACGGCAGCCUGGACCGGGACCGGCCUCUCAUCCGGCUCCCUUUCACCAGCUUUGCCGUGGGGACGGUUCUGCUCCCUCUGACCGGCUUCAUCUCCUGCAUCUUCAUUUCACUCCUUUACCACUUUGAGGACUCAACGUACACACACUGUCAGGUAUCUAACUACCUGCCGUCCAUCAGUGCUGCCAUCAGCCGCGUGCCGGAGCGCUACAUCUGGCGCUGCUGCAUCGGCCUGCACUCGGCGCCGCGCUACCUGAUGACCGCCGCCUACUUCAGCUUCUACUAUGGCCGCUUCGCUAAGAGGCUGCCGGAGCUGCUGCUGAGCGGGCUGGCUCUUCUCUGCAGUCUCGCCGAGAACACCGGCCUGCUGCUGCUCACAUACGUGGCAUCCACUGAGACCUACAAUGUUCAUAAAAACGGUUUCAUCGUGUUCAUAGCAAGCUCGCUGCUGCACAUGCUCAUUACGUGCCGACUGUGGUAUGUGAUCAGGAAACACUAUGUGAACCCGGAGGAAAUUACAUCAUAUCGUUGGAAGGUGCGUCUCUUCAUGUUUAACGUCGGCUGUUGUCUGGCUGCUGCUUACUUCUUCAGACGCCACAACAAGUUCUGUGAAGCUGGAAUCUACACCCUGUUCGCCUUCUUUGAAUACCUGGUGGUCUUUUCCAACAUGGCCUUCCACAUGACGGUCUUCUGGGACUUUGGGAGCAAAGAGGUGAUCGUGGCCACGCCGCCUGAAGACAAGCGAUACUGAGCAGCAGCCUCACCUGUUGACUCUUUCAAAAAGAAAGGUGAAAUCCACCAAAGGGGGACCAGGAAACUGGUUCAGACUUGCUGAGACAUAUCUGAACAAUCUCAUGAACAUUAUGUGAGGACUGAUACUAAUGCCUUUUGUCAGUGGUGAUGAAACUUUUUAUCAUUCCCAACCUGUGAGUUCACAAAUCAGCUUCAUGAUCUUUGGACUGACGGCCUUGUUGCUGUUUUUAAAUGGUUCAACAAUGUUAAACAGCAAUGGGACAACAUAUUUUAGUCAUACUUGCUUAGUUCAAGUUUGUGCACAAGAAACUUUUUUUAAAAAUAAAGAAAAUACCUCUCAGAAGCUUCUUAAUCUUAAUGUUGUCUGACCACAGCAGCUGUGAAAUGUCCUAAAAUCAUCAGAAUCAGGUUCACUGCCAAGGAGAUUUUCAUGUAAAAGGAAUUUGCCUUGUUGUUGCUGUGGUGCAGAACUAUUUCACAUUAAGAUAAAAGAAAACCAAACAAAUACUGCCAGUUAAGAAUCCUAAAUAUAAAACAAAUUAACAACAAUAAUAAAAAAAAAAGUCUGAGACUGAAAAUCUCUGAAUAUUUUCGCUUGAACCUGGAGACAAUCAGAAAGUUUGAUGCUAAACAAAGAGCGUCAAAUCAUGGCUAGACUCAAGGUUUCUGAAGGUGCAGGGAUCUCACACCACUUUGCAGAAACUGGAUCAGGCAGACCCAGAGUGACCACAUCGUCAGAAGAUCAAUACAUCAAGCGCAGUUCCCUGAGAGAUAGAAAAGCAACUUCAUCAAAGAUCCGCACUCAAAUCAGCAAAAGUCAGUCGAAGGCUGUCUUGCAGUGGUGUCAGAGGAUGAGUAGCAUUUUCUAUACCACUUACCUCAGGACGGAAACAAAACCAAACACUUAAAACUCUUACUUUUAAGUUUCCAGUACCAAGUGGCUACACUGCCCUACUCCGUUGCGGAUCAUGACUUUGCCAUCCUGGAGGGACACUGCCACAUUUUGGGGAUAAUACACUACGUUGUAUCCUGACCUUUGACAUCAAUCCCCACAUCCAGUGCUCAACAAAACAGUGAAUUGUGAGUGUAUUUCUCAGAUUUUGGGACCCCUCUAUAUCUGUUUCAAAGUUCAAAGCUGUACAGAGGAAAGGAGUGUGCAAAUGCUCUCAGUAUAAAGAAUAUGAAAUAAGUGCAAUAAGUUUGAAAUAAAGACCAACAAUCAACCAAGCUUUGACUUUUGACAAUUUCAGUUUGGAUAGGCUAGUUAGUCUAGUUAGUUAAGCUUCUAACUGUACAUACAUCAAACUCUUAGCCAGAAAGAGAAGAAGAUGAUUUCACCAAAUGUUGAACUGUUCCUUUAAACAGUUUGAGACUAAAUCAAAAAUCUGUGGUCAUUAUUUCAGCUGAUCGCUUCCUCCUCAUGUUUUUUUUUUUUUUUAAAUCUCCAGUCAGUGAAAUCUAAAAACCUCUAGAGGCUCAGUGAUCAUCUUGUGGCCUCAGCUCCCAUGAAUCUUGUUUAAAGUGUUCACUAUCAGCAGCAUCAUGACGCCGUGUGCCACUUACUCAUCAGCAUUAAACUGGACUCACAUGCUCAUUGACAUCCUGACAGGACAGAAAACACAGCUGUGUUUACGUCCAUGCAAACACUAAACCAUUCACUGACUGUGUAGCAGUAUGUAACUAGUCCUGGAGAACAUUUUCAGGAGUUCAUAGUUCCCACUCCGCAUACAUAUUAUCUAUUAUUUUAAAGCCAAAAUCGAGACUAAAAAUGCAUAAAAACAAAUUAGAAUUAUUAAUAUUUUACCUGUAUUAUCAUAAAAAUGUGAAAAACAGAUUAAUUAAAUCCAAUAGUUUUCUCCACCAGCCAAUAAAAUCCAGGACUCGGUCAUGAAUUGAACACAUUGUUUUUUUGUUGUUGUUUUUUUACAGAGGUGAUGAUGAUAGUAGCUAAGGAGUGAGUCCUCUUACUUUCUUCUCAUUUCUGUUGAGAGUUGCAUGUAUUCACGUGGAAAAAGCUGUCGAGGGUCAAUCAAGCAUUUCAGUUGUCCUGAAAACCUGAGUUUAGUUGGGUGAGUUUAAAGAAUUGGGCGACCUCCAACUGCAAGUUUGAAAGCCUGUCCGAUAAAAUGGUUGUUUUUCAAAGUGACAUAACAAGAGCUGACAGCUGCUGCUUUGUUAUUUUUGAGGACUGCUAAUAACAAUUUGUAUCGGCUCGAGUGAAAACUGACUUCGGGCAGAACAUUAUGUUGAAGUCAGCGAAUAUAUAUAAUAUCUAAACACUGUAAUGUUCUGGUGACACCUUCAGGUGUUCUCACAUGUUAAAUGCUGUUUCAGCAUUAAUAAAAUAAAAUAAAAAUCUACAUUUUAUUUAUUUUGUUUGUCUUUCUCUCAACUACUGCAGCUAGAUUAUUGUGUCAGUACUGACACCACACUGUAAAAGUGCUGCAUUGAAAAUGUUACUGAAGUAAACGUGCAUCUGUAUAGAAUAUAGUACUUUUAUUGUAGUAUUUUCUGUCAUCCUGAAGAAGUUUAGGGUUAGUCGCUUUCUCCCAUUUUUCCCUAUUUUUGAGUUAUUUGGGCAGUUUUUGUUUUUGGCUCUGAGGACAGAGGGUGUUCUAUGCUGUACAAACUAUAAAGCCCCUUGAGGGAAAUUUGUUAUAUUGGACUGUAUAAAUAAAGUUGACCUGUGGGACAGUGAGCCAAAGAUAUGGCUAUAGUCCCCCCGCUGCAAGAGAUUAGUGCUUCUCAGUAGCGGCCUGUACAUUACUAAUGUUAUGUGUUGAGCAACAGUCGAAGCAGAAAUGACUGAUGAUCAAGUAUAUGACAAACUAUUGAAUCAAACACAUGUUCACAUGGUUUAAAUGCUAAAGUGCACCAGAUGAUAUGUAUUUUAGAGCAUCGGAUCGCUUGUCAGCCAUGCAGCUAAACAUUAGUAUUUAAACAAAACGUUGGUGAUUGAACUCAGCAUCAGUGUUUAAAGUUAUGUUAACAAAGUUAAAGCGUUAAACUAAAUGUUGGUUUAGUUUAAAUCUACAUUAAACUUAACGUCAGUGUUUGAACUGAACUCG